GAACCCUCUUCAACUUCCUCUCUGCCCGUCUGGCUACGCGCUUUUACCUUUCGACGCCGGUCGUUACUAUACAACUGGAGGAUUCCUUGACGUGAAUCCCGUUUCGCUUGCUUUAUAUCCGGACGCUUCGGUCUCUCACAGGUUGGGAGUGCAUUGAUCUGAGAUCAUUGCCGGGUUCUUUUCGCAGCAAUUGCUAUCGACAACAUAUACACCAGCAGGAUGUUUGCAUACAUCUUCGUUGCACUGUUCGCUCUUGCAGCAUCGGCAGCACCAUCACUCGAUUACCCUGUCAAUUCACAAGUUCCUCCAGUAGGACGCAUUGAUCAGCCUUUCUCAUUCACAUUUUCGGCACAGACGUUCUCGUCAGCGGAUGGUGCCAACUACACAUUGGAAGACGCACCAUCAUGGUUGGGAUUGGACAGCUCGACGCGUACAUUCUCCGGAACACCAUCAGCAUCGGAUGUCGCAGACUACACGUUCAACCUCACCGCGUCGACGUCAGAAGGAUCAGCAACAAACACCAUCGUGUUCAUCGUUUCCAACAACACUGGACCCGUCCUCUACGCGCCUCUAUCACAUCAGCUUAACGGCGCGGGCUCCGUCAACGGCGAAGGAGGCAUCGUCUUAGUCCCCAACACCGGAUUCUCAUUCCAAUUCGCGAACAACACCUUCACAUCCGACGACUCAAUUCUUACUUACUACGCUACCUCAUCAGAUGGCACGCCCUUACCUUCAUGGCUUUCCUUCGACUCCUCUUCCCUUACCUUUUACGGCACUGCACCCGUUGUCAACUCCGGCAUUUCACCACCGCAGUACUUCGGCAUCAACCUCAUCGCGUCGGAUUAUAUUGGGUUCACGGGUGGUUUGGCACAAUUCGAGAUUGUGGUCGGUCCUCAUCAGCUCGAGUUGACGCAAACGACCUAUGAGCAGAAUGUGAGCGUCGGAAAGGCUUUCAACCUUACCAUUCCGUUCAGCACAAUUGAGUUGGAUGGCAUUGAGAUCUCACAGUCGAAUAUUUCCACGAUUACGGCGAAUACGACCGGGAUUGAUUGGAUCGAGUUCGAUGAUGCCACAAUUACGCUUUCUGGUACUGCGCUUCAGAACUCGACGAGCGAGUUGGUUCAGAUUCAAGUGACGGACGUUUUCGCAGACGUAGUACAAAUCGCGGUCAACAUCUCUGUCAAGGACGCGCUUUUUAAGACCACCAUCCCAGCGAUGAACGCGACAAUUGGAGAGCCAUUCAACUUCACUAUCAACUCGACUUACCUCAGCAGCGCCGAGGUUACGUUGACUGCGGAUAUCUCUACUUUGAGCGCGUCCAGUAAGCGUAAGAGGAGUGACGUAUGGUUGUCGUUCGAUGGCAGUACCAACACGCUCUCUGGUACUCCUUCGAAUGAUGCGUCGAACUUGAGCAUCGAGUUGACUGCCACUGAGGGAGAUCUCUCUUCCACUCAGACUUUCGAGGUCCAUGCAGUCAGCGCUUCUACCACGACAACAACGACCACUAGCGCCGAACCCUCUGCCUCCGCCACCGUCGCUGCCACUAGCAGUGGACACAGCAACAAGAAGCUUGCUAUUGGGUUGGGUGUUGCAUUGCCUUUGGCUUUCAUCAUCGGCGCAUUGUUGCUCUGGUUAUGCUGCUUCAAGCGCAGAAGGACACAGUCCGAGAAGACGGUGUCACCUCGCGCCUCAAAGUCCAACAUCUCGAAGCCAAUGGGAAGUGAUGACGCAGCUCCGUGGCCCAUUGCAGAGGAGAAGAUGUGGGAUGAGCCCAGAAGACUCUCCGCGUUGGGCAUGUUCAAGUCGACCAGUGGACUUUCUGGCAUUGUGGCUGAAGUCAGCAGUGAGAGUAGGCAUGAUGGAGAGAGGGAAGGCUCUAUCGCGGGUGUGUCGGAUAGCAGUGCGGGUGAUGAAGUUUCUCCAUUGCCGAUCUUGUUGUCAAGUCCGAAGAGUUCGAGUCCGAUCACGAAGCCUCCUCCAACUGCAUUGACCAUCAACACUGCGAUCGCUAACGGUGUCGGACACGGUAGCCCGGUCGUGCCGUCAGCAGAAAGAAUGUCUGGUCCGCCAGGCUUUGGACAGGCUAGGAAGUCAUGGAUGCCCGGUACACCUGCUGGAAGGAACUGGGGUGCUUUGGCGGAUUACAGGUCUUCUGCGGGUAGUGUGAUGACGGUUGCCACGGAUGAGAUCUUCCGCCCUCAAAGCCCGACGUUGAAAUUGGUUCAGGGCUCGAGCGACUCGCAUAUCUCGGCUUUGGCACCGCCGAUUACGAACAUCACUGCCGCGCCGACCGUGAUGAGGCAGAUCACGCCCAGUGUUUUAAUCACUCCCCCGGCGAACGAGGCUGUCUUGCCAACUUGGGAGACGCAGCAGAGUGGCCUGACCGUUGCGCAGUCCGGUAGUGAUAACACCAUUGGUACAUACUCUGAGAGCAGUGGCGAGUUCAUUGAACAGUAUUCCGGGGAUGACGAUGAGGAGGAACAGUACUACGGCGAACCUACAAGAGUAUCUGUCUCGGAUCAUGCGUCUGAGGAGGAUGUGGAGAGGUCAUGGAAGGAGUUACAGUACACGAAUGACAACGAUUCGUUCGAGUAUGAUUCAGCGGCUUAUGCACAGAGCCCAGUCCGGCCUGUCCAUCAGCGCGGAGAUUCAGAUCCUAGCAAUGAUUCCUUGCCUUGGCCGGUUGGCGCCGACGAGGAUGAUUUGAGUGUGGAAGGUGACGAGUUUGAGGUUGUUAAGGAUGGCGAGGAGAGGAUUUGGAGAAGACGGGGAAGUGAUGCGACGGGUUCGAACAUCCAGCGGGAAUCCUCUGUUCUGGAUGAGGCCGAGUUUGGUGUCGCUACCCGUAUCUCGGCGCUUCGUCCCACCUCUGUGUGGACUGCGAAUGCGGAAACCCCAUUGAGCCCUGCGUUCUCGGUCCCUGCAAGCUCGAGGUACUCUGCAGUCACUGACGACAGCAAGAGAUCGAGUGAUGCCGCGGCUCGUAUGACCGAGCGGGCAAAGCUAGUUGAGUUCACCAAGAAGCGGCCGGUGAGCUCAAGGCAGAGCACGUUCGUCGGCAGUCCGCAGAAGCCUGAGGUCGAUAGGCUUGAUUCUGAUGGGGCACCCGUCUUCUUGUAGGUGCUUUCAGGAUGAUGUUUGGUGGUACGAAUUUCUCUAUUUUUUCAUGGUAUCUGAGAUACCGCAUGCUUCUUCUUGGGCAUCUUCUGCUAUAUAUCGGAGUUAUCUGUCUUUUUGGUUAGAUCUUGGGUACGCCCAUAGAGUGGGCAGC